AUGUUCGGGACUCAGGGCAAACCAGGCCCGCCCGGGAAAGAGGGUCUUCAAGGUCCUCCAGGACCAAUAGGAUUGCCUGGAGCCAUCGGACCCGACGGCGACGUAGGCAAGACGGGUCCUGACGGCCAAGAGGGUCCCCGCGGCGGUAUUGGCCCACAGGGCGAGCGCGGCCCCCAGGGGCCGCAAGGGGAGACAGGGCCCAAAGGUCCUGACGGCGAGCGGGGCCAAAUGGGGUUGCCGGGACAGGACGGACCGGCAGGUCCGCGCGGCGACAUCGGCGACAUCGGCGAGCCCGGGAAGCCGGGACUGGCCGGUGAGAAGGGUCAGUCUGGCCAGGCCGGUCGGAGAGGCCGUGACGGCUCGCCGGGGCGUCCGGGACACCGAGGCCCGACGGGCCACAUCGGCUGGAUGGGGGAUCAAGGCGAGCCGGGUCCCCCGGGUCCUCCGGGCAGCUCCGGACAGGCGGGCCAGCGCGGCUUCGAGGGGCCGUCCGGCGAGGCCGGACCCCGCGGAGCCAAAGGAAUGCAGGGCCCUUCGGGAGAGAUCGGGAAUCCGGGACCAAUCGGCGUCAUGGGACCUCCGGGACAACCCGGACCCGACGGGCCGAGAGGGCCCAAAGGGCCCUCCGGCAACAGAGGACCCCCAGGACCACCGGGGCCGCCCGCCAUCGCCUGUCCAAGAAUGCUUGGCUCCAGUGGCCCCACCAAAGGCUGCUUCCAAAACGACGGGACGAUCAACAGUCCGGCCGGCUCCAAAGAUCUACCGGCGAGAACUUGCCGACACAUUGCCGAGAAGAUACCGGAUCCAAAAGAUGGUAGGCAAUUGCAACUACUCAACUUACUCAUCUUUUUGGCUGUCGUCUGCCCAUCUUUCGACCACUCUGAAGGCGGUCUGCUUUGGCACCAGGCAACGACCAUCUUGGCCAAAGUACACACACUCACAGGUCUUGGUUGUGAAGACUUUCAUGCAAGGGUUGGUAGUUCGAUCUCACCAGAAGACACCGGCGGAUUCACGUUGUACUGCAACCGUUUGGCUUUAAUCGGGUCUUCAGUUUACCGCAGCCCACCGGACAUCGGGAAUCAGCUGACGUCUUUUGGUGAAAUUGACCUAAAACAUCUCUCCAUCGUACAUUUUGACACGAAAUGCACGCCUUCACUACAAUCUUAG